GAGAGGCAGACGGGAGCUGGAGGUGCGGUACGCGGACCCCCCAGCCCGCGGGAGUCAGACUCGGGAGCGGCUAACGCCCCUCUCCAGCCACCAGCAGCUGCUGCAGCCUCCUCCACCCCGGGCGGCGCUUUGCAAGCCCGGCCCCCUCCCUGCCGCUUGCGAGGGCAGCAGGAGCUCGGAGCUGCAAACCUUCCUCUGCCACCCGCCCCAUCUCCAGCCGAGCUCAUCCUCUCCAUCCUCAGGAUCCUUGGGCUGCACGUGCUGCAACCCCCACCCCAGCCGGGCUCAGCUCCUGCAUCCUCCUCCGGAGACAGCCCGGAGCUGCCAACCCUCCCCGCACCAGCUGGGCUGAGUCGAGCUCCUGCGUCCUCCUCCCGUGGACCCAAAAAGCGAACUAAAAGCUUUGAAUGCAAGAAUGUGGCUUCAAGUUGUGCUACACCUUCUCUGAAAAGGGCUGUUAUUAGCUGAAGGUGCUGCUAUUGAAGUUUGUUGUUGAACCCUCCUGUCUUGUCUCAAUACCCCACCAUUACAAUGAGCUUCUUCUCCUACUUGGACCCCAGGAGGAUCCAGUGGGGUGCCACAUGGUAUGCCAUGCACUCCAGGAUCCUACGCACCAAACCUGUGGAGUCAAUGCUGGAGGGAAGAGGCACCACCACCUCUCAUGGGACCAAGCUGGCCCAGGUACUCACAACAAUGGACCUGGUUUCCCUUGGAGUUGGAAGCUGUGUUGGCACUGGAAUGUAUGUAGUGUCUGGACUGGUUGCUAAGGAGAUGGCUGGGCCUGGAGUCAUUGUUUCCUUCAUCAUUGCAGCAGUUGCCUCCAUUUUAUCAGGUGUUUGUUAUGCUGAGUUCGGAGUGCGUGUCCCGAAAACCACAGGCUCUGCCUACACCUACAGCUAUGUGACAGUUGGGGAGUUUGUGGCAUUCUUCAUUGGCUGGAACCUGAUCCUGGAGUACCUGAUUGGCACAGCAGCUGGCGCAAGUGCCCUGAGCAGCAUGUUUGACUCCCUGGCAAAUCACACCAUCAGCCGCUGGAUGGUUGACAGUGUUGGAACAUUAAAUGGACUGGGAAAUGGAGAGGAAUCAUACCCAGAUCUUCUUGCUCUGGUUAUUGCUGUCAUUGUAACCAUCAUUGUGGCUAUGGGGGUGAAGAACUCCGUGGGAUUUAACAAUGUGCUCAAUGCAAUUAACCUGGUAGUGUGGCUCUUCAUCGUGAUCGCUGGGCUUUUCUUUGUCAAUGGCAACAACUGGUCUGAAGGGCAGUUCUUGCCAUUUGGAUGGUCUGGGGUGCUAAAAGGUGCAGCUACUUGUUUCUAUGCGUUCAUUGGCUUUGACAUAAUCGCCACCACAGGAGAAGAAGCUAAGAGUCCCAACACCUCCAUUCCCUAUGCAAUCACGGCUUCUUUGGUCACAUGCCUGACGGCAUAUGUAUCUGUCAGUGUAAUCUUAACUCUGAUGGUGCCGUACUCCGCCAUUGAUUCUGAAUCCCCUUUGAUGGAAAUGUUUGUAGCCCACGGAUUCUAUACCGCUAAAUUCAUUGUUGCCAUUGGAUCUGUAGCAGGCUUGACAGUGAGCUUGCUGGGCUCCCUUUUCCCAAUGCCAAGAGUCAUUUAUGCCAUGGCUGGUGAUGGGCUGCUCUUCAGAUUCUUGUCCCAUGUGAGUUCUUACACGGAGACUCCAGUGGUGGCUUGUAUUGUCUCAGGAUUUCUAGCAGCACUGCUCUCCUUGCUGGUCAGCCUAAGGGACCUGAUAGAAAUGAUGUCCAUCGGCACACUCCUGGCCUACACUUUGGUCUCUGUUUGUGUCUUGCUUCUCCGAUACCAGCCAGAGAGUGACAUUGACGGUUUUGUCAAAUUCCUCUCUGAGGAACACACCAAGAAGAAGGAAGGAAUUCUAGUGGACUGUGAGAAGGAGGUUUGCUCUCCAGGGAGCGAAGGGGAGGAGUUUGCUGGCCCACUCACCAACACGUGCGGUGCAAAAAAUCUGCCAUCGUUGGGUGACAAUGAGAUGCUCAUUGGGAAAGCAGAUAAACCCACCUACAACAUCAACCACCCCAACUAUGGUACAGUCGACAUGACCUCAGGAAUCGAGGCAGAUGAGUCUGAAAACAUUUACCUCAUCAAGCUUAAGAAGUUAAUAGGGCCACGUUAUUACACAAUGAGGAUUCACCUGGGACUGCCAGGGAAAAUGGAUCGCCCGACUGCAGCUACUGGCCGCACUGUCACCACCUGUGUGCUCCUGCUUUUCGUCCUGAUGUUCAUCUUCUGCUCUUUCAUCAUUUUCGGUGCAGACUAUAUCUAUGAUGAGAGAUGGUGGGCUAUUCUCCUGGUGGUUUUGAUGGUCCUGCUCAUCAUUGCAUUGGUAUUUGUGAUCUUGCAACAGCCAGAAAACCCCAAAAAGCUGCCAUAUAUGGCACCUUGUCUCCCUUUUGUCCCUGCAUUUGCCAUGUUGGUGAAUAUUUAUCUCAUGCUGAAGCUCUCCACGAUCACAUGGGUCCGAUUUGCUGUCUGGUGUUUUGUGGGCUUGCUCAUUUACUUUGGCUACGGCAUGUGGAACAGCACACUUGAGAUCAGCGCCCGGGAAGAGGUCCUUCAUCAGAGCACAUACCAGCGCUAUGAUGUGGAUGUUGACCCAUUCUCAGUUGAAGAAGGCUUUUCCUAUGCUAAUGAGAGUGACAACUAUCAGGACUUGGAGCCUUUAGAAGACAAAGGCUUCUCUUACCAGCAGAUGUCGGAGGCAAAGGAAAGAAGUCGGACGAGUAGCAAAUCGAAAAGCAAAGGCAAACACAAACAGAACUUCGAGGCCCUGAUUGCAAAUGAUGAGCUUGACUACUCACCAGAAUAGGCAUAAUACAAACAAAACCACAAUGCUAUUUCUCACUAACCUAACCCUUGGGCUAGAAUGUGAAGGCUUCUUUGGCUCUCAUUUUAAAUUCCAUCCUUCCUAAAAUUUCAGUGCCCAGAAUCACGUCAUUUACUCACUCACUUUGUUACUCUUCAGGAUAAUUCUAUAAAAAAGUUUAUCCUGAAUUCUGAGAUAGUCACAUUGAACAAAACAAGCAAGUGAUGCAUUUGGAGUCCACCUGCAUGGCCUAUCUUGGUGCAUGUUACCAAGUGGGCCAGCAUGUGGAUGGAUUAGGUGACUGGAAGAUUCUUUCUAUGUCUAUUAAGCAUCCUAUUGACCUCUUUUGGCAGCACUGACAAUGUGAUUUAAAUGAGACAUGUGCCAAAUAGGGUGGGUUUCAUAUGAGCAGUUACAUGACCAGCUGAAUUGGUGGGGGCAUGAGACAUAUUCUCUGUGCUUUCCAGAAAGAAUAUUUACCCCAUGACUAUACUGGUGUGAAGCAACAUAUUUGGCAUUUUCUUAGCAAGUAUAUUUUUUCGUUGAACUUAUAGAAAGAAAACCUUUGCUAGCUAGGUGUAAGCAUACUGAAGCAGUAAAAUGUUUCCCAAGGGUAUCUCAGGAGUAGAUUGAAAGGAGAUCCAGGGAUCUUGGUCUCACAGAGCAACAUUUUCAUCCUCCAUUUCAGCACCAUGGCUCUCACUGCAAACACCAUGGCUAGGGUGGGCCUGAACCAAACUUCCUGAAUCCAAACACUCCAAGCUUUGGGAUUAAAAUGCAACCUUCAUGGCUUGCACCAUGCUCUAGAACAGACCAGAUCCAAACUUCAGAUCCCAGCACAUCUGAAUUUUCUCAGAUCUGGAUCUAAGCUUUCUGGUUUGGGCCCAUCUUUAAUCAUGAUGAGGGUCACUCCUCAUCUAGGCUUAAUUCAUUCCUCUAUAAAUACUCCUAAAUAUCAAACUCCAUUUCUCUUGGUACCAUAGGUACCAAGGCUUGGACUCCAUUUCCAUCACUGUGUGUCUUCUACUGAUUCACUGAUCCAUAAUAAUUCCCACUGGGCACAGUCCAGAUUGUCAUUCAGAUUUCAGUUCUUCAGAUGAAGUUUUUAUUUGUUACUUUAUGUCACAUGGAUCAUUAACUUUAGGUCGUCACUGGACAAUAUUUGUGGCAACUGUAGAUAACCAGGCCACUGAAAUCUCAUUCCUUGCCAUAAACUAUACUUUGUAUUAAGGAUCCUUACCUUGUAUAUGUUUUAGAGGUAUUUAACCACUGGACUGUUGAGUGCUACUAUGAAAAAUACUGAAGUGCAACUAGCUACUGUAGUUAAUGAAAUUCCAUAGUAUCACACCUCACUUUGAAACCAAAUGGAAUAGGCAAAGGGAGAGGGGAGUUCAUGUAACACAAGGCAGGGAUUCUUAGGCAAUAAAUGUUUAUUGAUAGUUAAUCCACUGGCUACUAGUAGAGAACUGGCCCAGUUCUCUCGCUCUCACCUGAGCAAAACUCCCAGUGAUGUGAAUGGGAGUUCUGCCUGAGUGAGGACUACAGGAUCAGACCAAAUAGGAAUAACACAGCCUCCACAUAUCUAAUCACAAGUACACUGGGCCAAACUCACCUGUGGUGUAACCCCACUGAAGCCAGUAAUGUUAAGCCAGGGAUGAUUUUGGCCUGCUAUGUCUUUUCCUUCAAUAUAUAAAAGAAACAUAAUUAACUAAACUCUGGUAGGAAUUGGCCUGAUAAAGAAAUUGAACGUUUCUGAGUCACUUUCUCCAAUCCAUGUUUCUGUUUAUUUAGUAACUUAACAGCAAUAUGCUAAAUGCAUCUAUCAGCACUACUGGGCACAUGUACAGAAUAUUCCAUCACAUUAAACCCUAAAGCGAUACAGAGUCAUCACGGAACACCACUCACCUAAACUGGCGUUCACCUCACUAGGACAAAGCCAGAGAUAAAGAUUUUCAAAGCAGCCUUGGGAUUUAAAUGCACAAAUCAUGUUAAAAUUAAUGGGCUGUGUUUCUCAAUCCUCUAGGCAGGUUUGAAAAUCUCAGAGAGGGUAUGUAGCAGGCCUUGCAGCCUGACCUAAUAGCCAGCAAACUUGGGUUCUACUAGACCAGCAGAGAGUACAUUCCAAGGCUGAGAGCCCCCUUUCUGAGAACAGUCUGCCACCAGCCCCCUGAAUUACAAAACUAUCAGCUGGAGGGUCCUUGGCUGACUUUGAGCUUUGGAAUGCAGACGCAGAGAGUUUGGCUGAAAAUCCUGGCCCCACUGAACUCAAUG